UGAAUAUAACUAUGCAAAUAAGAGGAUUUUUUUUUUAACUAGCGGUGUAUGUAAUUUAUCCUAAAUUGUAUUAUUGCAAUAUAAAUUCUUUAAUCUUUAAUCCUUCAAGGAAUCUCAAAGUAUAUAUAGAUCAUAAUAUUAUUUUUAUGAAUAAUAAAGCACAAAAUUAAUUACAUGUUUUAUUUCUGAAUAACAGUUGUUGCAAUUUGGUACGCAAUACUUGGAUCUGUCCACAUCUGAACUACAACAGCCAAGACCGUGUUUGGCCUGACUUUUCUCAAAUUCAUUCCACAAUUCCUCUUCCAAAAAUCACACACACACACACACACACACACACACAGUUACUGGAAUUCUUCGAAAUCCCUGAUUUCUCCAUCAAUGGGGGAUCUAUUUUUCAACACACAUCUCACCAUUUGCAGCAGUUUCUCUUAAGCUCACCUCUUUUACUCGUUUCAUCUUCUUAUUGUUCGAUUUAACCAAAAUAAAAAUAAAAAAUUAAAUUAAAUCUUUUUUCCAUCUGAUCUGCAUUCGAUUCCGCAGCAUUAUUGGGAACAUAUAACCACACACAUAUAUAUACCUUACGUAUGUCGAUUUCUUACAGAAAAGCCAGAAUAAAAACCGCACCUUUUCCCCGUCGUUUAUUGUCAUUUGCUGCCACAGGAAUUAUCCUGUUAGUAGUGUUAAUGCUGACAAAGGAAAAACUCCGAAUAAUGCAAAUCAACUACUCGUUAGAUUUCAAGAAUCUGAAGCUCCCCCCACAGAACAAGCUCUCAAUCUUCUUACAAAACCGCAAUCUGAUGAAACCGAUGAACUCAGAUUUAUACCCAAACCUAGCAGACAAUCACAUAAUCAUCGUGUUAUACGUUCACAACCGCCCCCAAUAUCUCCAAAUUGCCAUCGACAGCCUCUCCAAAGUUUCCGGAAUCGAAGAAACUCUGCUGAUAAUCAGCCACGACGGUUAUUUCAAAGAGAUGAACAAGAUUAUAGAGAGCAUUAAAUUCUGCCAAGUGAAGCAAAUAUUCGCCCCGUUUUCCCCUCACAUUUACCCCACCCGAUUCCCCGGUUCUUCGAAGUUCGACUGCAAGAGUAAAGAAGAUCCCUCCAAAAUGACAUGCAGAGGGAAUCCGGAUCAGUACGGAAGCUUCCGAUCGCCAAAGAUCGUGUCUUUAAAGCACCAUUGGUGGUGGAUGAUGAAUACUGUGUGGGAUGGAUUAAAAGAGACGAGCGAUAAUAACUACUCUCGCAACAUUUUAUUCAUAGAAGAGGACCAUUUUAUCUACCCGAACGCCUAUCGAAAUCUCCAUCUACUUAUAGAAUUGAAGAACGAAAAAUGCCCGCAUUGCUAUGCGGUGAACUUAGCACCGGCUAACGUUUUAUCAAGGGGAGAAGAAUGGGAUUCUUUAAUAGCGGAGAAAAUCGGGAAUAUAGGGUACUCGUUUAAUCGCACAGUGUGGAGAAAGAUACAUAAGAAGGCAAGGGAGUUUUGUUUGUUCGAUGAGUACAAUUGGGAUAUUACAAUGUGGGCGGCGGUCUAUCCUUCGUUCGGUGGGCCUGUCUACACUCUACGGGGCCCCCGCACAAGCGCGGUUCACUUUGGGGAAUGCGGUCUGCACCAGGGGCAAGGUGGUAAAACUGCGUGCGUGUAUAACGGGGGUUUGGAUUUCGAGGUGAAGGAGAUUGAUAGGGUUGCUAAUAUUGACUCGGAGUGGGGAGUUUUCGUAAGAGAGCAGGGCAAAGAUGAAGGUUAUAAAAAUGGGUUUAAGGGGUGGGGUGGGUGGGGGGAUGUUAGAGACAGACAACUAUGUCUCGAUUUUUCGAAAAUGUAUCGGAAUUAAGGUAAAGUUUUUGUUAGAGAUUAAGUAGUUGGGAUCAUUCAAGAAUCACUUACCAGGAUGUUUUGUUGAGUUUACUUUGAACUUGUACUCAAGUUUUUGGGAAGUGAUUUCUUUACUUUGUUGAAGCUUUUAAUAUGUUCUCACACCAUCAACAAAUUUCCAGUACACACACACACACACACACACACACACACACACACACACACACACACACACA